ACUCCUAUUAUAUUCUCUAUCGUCCCUCAAUCUAACAAUAAUCCAUACUCUUAUUCUUGUAUUUGUAUUGGAUUAAUCAUCGGCGGUGAGCUCAUCCUGUUUUCAUUUCAGCUUUCAUAAAGCUCAGCUGAUUACGACGUGUUUAUUUUCUCCUUUGGCGACCUUUAAUCUCCUCACGGAUGACGUCAUCUUUCGUUGUCAGGAGCAGUCGCAUCCAGCGUCGCCCUGCAAUGGAAGAAACACGGGAGCUGAGUUGUGUGAGCAUCGUCACAAGACUUUUUGUUACCCCCGAGAAGAUAUUAAAAUGUCCACGGGACCCAGGCUUCCACAUUACCUCGAAAUAAAUUCUAGUCACCCAAAUCGUGCGUCCUUUUACGAGCUACACGGAGUCGAAGAUAGCAAAUCAGACCUGUCAAUACCGUCAGGUGAGUCAGCUCUUGGUGUAAGAGGUUGGCACUGAGAGUCCAGCCUGUAUUGUUGGACGCAGCCAGAAGUCUCUGCUAGGAGAAGUCACAGCCAAAGGUCGGGGGUGGCCAAGCCCACAAUCCGAUUACACAAUGUUCCAGAGCACUGAGCCUGCUGACAGGCCUCCCCUGUCUGCAGUCCUGGAGCCAUCUCAGAGGAUCAGUGUCCUCGCUGAGGAAGGCUCUAAUCUCCCCAGGCAGUCUCAUCCAACCACACAGAGGCAUCGGCCGGAUACUUCUUCCAGCACAGGGACCGAGCAGACCAUGGCGGCUGCAGACCAGGCAGAAACCUCCCCGUCUUCUUCCGGUUCAUUUGAAAUCAUUGACAUCGAUGCUGUGCAGUCCCUCUAUGAGCCAGUCCAGCCUCACUGGUUUUACUCCAAGCAAAAGGACUCCAAAGACACUUGGCUUCCGUUCAGCAGAGAGGAUUCAAAGAAACUAGAAGAAGCGUACAGCCUGGGCGAGAAGACGGGGGACGUGGUGGUGGCCACGGAGGGCGGGCGGUACGACGUGCGCCUGGCCGACAGGAUGCGCUUUGCGGUGUUUUGGGAGCAGGCCCCCUCCGAGGUCAGACGCUGCACCUGGUUCUACAAGAGCGACAAGGACAGCUGCUACGUCCCCUACCCUGAGGAAUUCAGCGAACGCCUAGAGGAGACAUACAUGAUCGCCGUGACGCUGGAUGAGUGGAAGAGGAGGCUUGAGUUUCCCUCCGGCGAAACUGUCAUUUUACACAACCCGAAGCUGAUAAUGCAGUACCAGCCUAUCAUGGCCCAAGAUGAAUGGGUGUCCUCGCCCUCAGAGCACACACGGCCAAGGACAGUGAAGCGGGGCAUCGAGAACAUAUCGGUCGAAAUUCCUGAAGGGGAACCCGAACAGGUGGACCAUUUAGUUUUCAUGGUCCACGGGAUUGGGCCUGCUUGUGACCUUCGUUUCAGAAGCAUUGUUCAGUGUGUGAAUGAUUUUAGGAGUGCGUCACUGAGCUUGCUCCACACCCACUUCAAGAAGGCUCAGGAGGAAAAGAAUAUUGGUCGGGUAGAGUUCCUUCCUGUCAACUGGCACAGUGCCCUCCACGCAGAUGCCACUGGAGUGGAUAAAGAUAUCCAGAAGAUCACGCUGCCCAGUAUCAGCAGGCUGCGCCACUUCACCAACGACACCCUGCUGGACCUCUUCUUCUACAACAGCCCCACCUACUGUCAGACCAUCGUGGACACGGUGGCCUCCGAGGUCAACCGGCUGUACAGUCUGUUCCUCAAGAGGAACCCCCAGUUCCAAGGAGCCGUCUCCGUGGCCGGACACAGCCUUGGCUCCCUUAUCCUCUUUGAUCUGCUGACGAAUCAAAAGAGUAACCAAGACAACACUAAGCCAGCAGAGUUGUCACAAUGCAAAGCAAGAAAUGCCUCUGUCAGAGGGGAUGUUCAGAGCCUAGAAGAAGCCUUGGAGAAAAUGGGGUUGGGAGAUUAUAUCAGUGUGUUUAAAAAAGAAGAGCUUGACGUUGAAUCUCUGGCCCUGUGCACAGAGAGGGACUUGAUGGAAAUGGGAGUCCCUCUUGGACCCAGAAAGAAAAUUCUGAGCUUCAUGAAGAAGAGAGAGAUCCUGCAGGAAUGUAGAGCAGGACCUGCACACCUUGCACAUGGUCUUCAUGGGGCCAAAGACAACACUGGACCUUUAGGUUCAGAGCCCCCCGGAGACACAGAAGACCACCUGCUCCUGCGGACCCUGUCCUCCACCAGCGUCAGCCCUGUUGACUAUGAGUACUUUGAUGUCGGAAUCGGGCAGAAUCAGGGGAUUGGUACAGGCCAGGUGUGUAUCCGAUACCCCCAGCUGACGUUCGAGCCACAGGCUUUCUUUGCCUUCGGGUCCCCCAUCGGAAUGUUCCUCACCGUUCGGGGUCUGAAGAGAAUCGACCCCAACUACAGCUUUCCCACCUGCAAGAGCUUUUACAACAUCUACCACCCGUUCGACCCAGUGGCCUACAGGAUAGAGCCCAUGAUUGUCUCUGACGUGGAGAUUGAUCCCAUGCUGAUUCCCCACCACAAAGGCCGGAAGAGGAUGCACCUUGAGCUGAAAGAGAGUCUAACUCGGAUGAGCACGGACUUGAAGAACAACGUGCUGGGCUCUCUGAGAACAGCCUGGCAAUCCUUCUCACGCUUCCCUACCCCUGCUCUGCCCCCGCUGGCUGAUGGAGAAACUGCGCCUGGACCGCCUGCAGUAGAGACAGAUGCUGAAAGGGAUAGCAGGAAAAAGUGUAAGCCUGACUUUUGGAAAGGUGUACUGGAAUGGCCAAAAAUAAUCAAAUUUAAUUACUUCCAAGGGGCCAAACUAGAGGAGGCUGAACCGCAGCCAAAGGAGGUGGACAAAGAGGAGGAAGAGGAGAACGUUAGUAUUGGGAUGCUGAAUGGGGGGCGACGGAUCGACUACGUUCUCCAGGAGAAGCCCAUCGAGAGCUUCAAUGAAUAUUUGUUUGCACUCCAGAGUCACCUUUGCUACUGGGAGUCUGAAGACACAGCUCUACUGGUCCUGAAGGAGAUUUAUGAGAAACUCGGAAUCACCCUAGAACAACCACAACAGUAGACCUUGAAAUACUCAAUAACAGCCCGUUGCAACAAACAUUUUCCUUGUUCAUAUCCAUUUUGGUUUUAUUUAUAGAACCUUUCUAAAUCGUCAUUUUGGGGGUUGAGGUGAUACCUAUUGAUUUAUAUAGAGCAUUUGAUGGACUUUGAUAUUAAUGGCUUAUGAUCAUUUCAGUGACUUUGUACAUUUGCGUUGCAAAAAUGAUGCAGACCCCUGACAUGCCAUGUUUUUUAAACUGCAGGUAUGUUUCAUUAUUGCAUGUAAGCUUUGUUAUUUUGUUGCAUUAUGUUGAACUUCACCAAAGGUGAAAUUAAGUCCUGUUUUCUCUGUAUUGGGGUCCAGUUAAAGAAGAUCUUUAAGGCAGAGCAUGUCAGUCACAUAAACUACCUUUGUCUCUCUUUCUGCUGAAGUGGACUUGUGCAUGCUAGUGAUUAGACUGCCAAAAACUACACUACCUGCCAUUCCAGCGCACUUCUGAUGCUGUAUAUCUCACUCCUGUGUCCAAGGUUUGAGACUAAAAGAAUAGUUAAGAUACCUUCUUGGGUUAGAUGGUGCUUUCAGACUCGGAAGACUUGCAAAGAAAUACACAUCUGUUCCCUUUUUUUGAAUCUGAAAAGUAUAAAAGUAUAACAGCCAUCACACAAUUCUUCAGUUUUACUUCUUGCAUUUGUAUGUAAGUUCAUGUUUGUAAGAAGAAAACAGCAUCCACCUCACACAGCUUUUUAAACUCAGUUCAUCAAAACAAAUAGGACAUCUUGCAAAGCACGUUGGUCUCUUUAAUGUGCUUUCAAAAAAAGGAGGCAGCAUUUAAGGUGGCAAGUUUUCCAAAAGUUUCUAAAAGUCUGCAGGACCUUCUUUGAGUUGAGCUUUUUGGGGGGUCAUACUUAAUUGUGCAAUAUGUGGAUUUUAUGAACGCGUGGUUCAAGCCAUGUCUCAUUAUAGCAACACUAGAAUUCUAAUUGGUUCAGCAAUUCAGUACUUAAGAAAACAUCCAAAAAUUGAAAAAACACAGUUGUAGUUUCAUGGAGGAAGGCUUUAAUUUUUCUCCAUUACGAUAAAAUUGAUAAUUGAUAAAAUUAUCAUUUGAUAAAAUUGAUAACAUUUUAGUCUUUCUUCGAUGCAUUAAUGUGUGACACAUGACAUUUCUCAUUGAGCUUGCUGAACUGGAAUAUGCAGAUGUAGAAAUGCUUGUAUAUUCUAUUAAUCUGUUCCAGUUAUUUUUCAAGUUCUUUAAUGAUGGUGUUUCAUUCAUUGCCUCUGGGUUGAUGGCUUGUGACUGAUGAUACGUUUUCCCGUGCUGUUAAUACCUCAUGUGAAAGUUUCCCUUGUGAAUGUCCAGGCUCUGGUCAUCCACAGGACGCUGUAGGUUUUCGUUUUGUCCAGGGUUUCAAGAAAUGUCCCAGUUAUUGGGUAUAAUUGAUCAAAUGUACAGUACUUUUUGCUCCACAUAUUUAUUAAUUUAGUAAUCCUGCAGAGCUGUAGUCCAGUUGUGGUCACCCAAAAUGAUUCCCAAAAUUGGAAGAUUUGUAAGAUAUCAAUCUAAGCAAGUAAUUUGUUUAAUUGUGGUACUACAGUGUGUUAAGAUUUUUAUUCUAAAAUAUCUGUACAUUACUUAAUUUAACAAACCAGGUUAAUUGAUUAAUUAACCUCAACUAAAAUGUUUAGAGUCUUUAGAAAUUUAUGAUUUAAGUUUUAACCUGGACCUGGUUUGGAGAUGACAGAUUUAGGGUGACCUACUGUACAUACUGUAACAGCAGGGGAUACCAUUUUGAGAACUGCAUUGCAUAUUCCCUAAAAUAAAUUUCCUCCCCUAAACUAGAAUAUCCUGUAUUUUCUUCACAUCUUCCCUUCAGAACAUAAGAAAGGUUAGAAACAAGAGGAGGCCGUCCAUCCCAUAUACUGUAGCCCCUUUGGUAGUUUGGUAUUAAGUGAUCCAAGCGCAUCUUUGGCUUCAGUCUUAGAUGGUGAUCACUUGAAUUCAAAAUGAAAUUCUUGUUAGAAUUUCACCUUUUGCUUUGUUUAUCUCUGAUCAGUUUUUCCAAGAUGGCCUGCUCACUACUUCUUGUGUUCGUCCAGUCUCUGGUUCAGUCUGGCACUAUGGAAUAAACACCAGUGUCACCUAGGUCCAUUGGGAAUGUGAACGGAACUUUGUAACCAAAGUGGGAAAGAUGAACUGAUUUAGGAACGAGUAAAGGCUUAUUCCGUGCUGAAAAGAGACGCAACGUUUCAGCUGUGGAGCCUUCUUCAGGUUCUUUACUUGUCUCUUUGCAGCUAACGCAUACUGACACACCUGCCUACUUGAACCACAUAUUCAGCUUUUUUCCUUCUUGCAUACAAAUCAAAUGAAGUAGACUUGCCUUGUUCUUUUACCCUAUCAAAGUCUUGCCACUUGUUAAAGAACAAGGAAGAUGAUGGAGGAGUGAAGCUAUGUUCAGUUUGCACUUUAUUGCAUAUUGUAUUUAAACCAAAUGUUUUUUUUCUUUUUUAAAAGCCUAUAUUAUAUGUUUACGUAAGUUAUGUUUGCCAUAAUAAAACUAUUGUUGAAUGGA